UUAACCACUUCCAAGUUCCAAGACAAUUGACUUUGACACUCACAUUACACUCCUCCAUUUUUCUUUACUCUAAUAAAAACACUACACACUUCUCAAGUCCUCUCUUUUCCACUCCCUUAAUUUUCUCACUCCUUUUUCUCUCCUCCUUCACCGACUAUUCCAGAAAACCACCCAAAAAUCCAAAAAACUUUUUAAUUUCCUUAAACAGGGUAAGUGGACCCCGUCAAAGUAACCGGUAACCGGGAAGAAUAAUAGAAGAGAGAGAAUGGCAGAUUGGGCACCAGUACUAGUAGGAGUGGUACUAUUCGUGUUAUUGUCACCGGGAUUACUGUUUCAGUUACCGGGUUACAACCGAUCUGUUGAGUUUGGAGGUAUGAAGACUAACGGCAAAGCCAUCUUUAUUCAUACUCUUAUUUUCUUUGGUCUUUACACUAUUUUCAUCCUCGCCGUUCGUAUUCACAUCUAUACUGGCUGAUCUAACGCUUCUUAAUCUUCAAUUUGCUUUCAUAUUUAAAUAAUUUGUAUUUUGGGUUUGUAAUUUUCUAAUUUACUGCUUAAUUAAUCAAUUAAUCAGACUCUUGAGCAAUGAUUGCUCUUUUUUGGUUGUUGUUCAAUUUAAUUUGUAGAAUUAUUAAUGAAAAAAAAAAAAAAAAAAGCAAAUGGCUAAAGAUUGGGUUCUUUUUUA